AUGAUCAAUCCCAAGAAACUAGCUAGAAUAACAAGGAACUUGCAGAAUCUAGCAGCACUAAGGCCAAAAAGAAUCACGGUUCCAAGAGUCGCUGGUUGUGCAGACUUUUUUGGUAAGGGUUGCUUUGUGGUGUAUACUUCUGAUGAAAUACGGUUUGUGGUGCCAUUGGAUUAUCUCAAGAAUGAAAUAUUUAAAGAACUCUUGGAGAUAGCAGAGGAAGAGUACGGGUCGCAGAGAGAUGGGCCGAUUAAACUGCCUUUCAAAGCCACCUUCAUGCAAUACACCGUUUAUCUGAUAGAAAAACAGAUGGGCAAAGACUUAGAGGAGGAAUUUCGCACGACUAUAACUUCAUGGCGGUGCUUAUCCACUACAAAUGUUCGACUACAAGUUCAUCCACUUUUACUAGUGGGAUAA